UCCCGGCGGGCCGCGCGCGCGGCCGCGUUUGAAUGGCCGUGAGCGGAGCUCGUCCCGGGACCUAGGGACACUCUAGGCUGCGGGGCGUCGUUCGUCAGCGCCCGCACCGGGCUGCAGCACCGCGGUACCAUGAGGCACCGGACAGAAAUUGAGAGGAGAGAGAAAGACAAGAGGUAGAGAAAGACACCUACAGAUCUGCUUCACCACUUGUGAAGUGACUUCCCCUGCAGGUAUUUAAGAGAUUAUGGCAUCUGAAACCCACAAUGUUAAAAAACGGAACUUUUGCACUAAUAUUGAGGAUCAGUUCAUUGAUCUUCCUCGAAAAAAAAUCUCUAAUUUCACUAAUAAGAACAUGAAGGAGGUUAAGAAAUCUCCAAAACAGUUGGCUGCUUACAUAAAUAGAACCGUUGGACACGCUGUGAAAAGCCCAGAUAAACUACAUAAGGUGAUCUUUCACAGAAAGAAAGGUCAUCAUCCUUUUCCAAGCCCUUACUACCAAAAAAAACAGUCCCCGAGAAGUGGGGACUGUGACAUGGCAAAUAAAGAAAAUGAACUGGCUUGUGCAGGCCACCUGCCUGAAAAGUUACGCCCUGAUAGUCGAACAUAUUUGAUUAAUUCCAGUGAUUCUGGUUCUUCACAGACAGAAAACCCAUCUUCAAAAUAUAGUACUUUUUUUUCUGAGGUUUCUCAGGACCAUGAAACAAUGACACAAGUUUUGUUCAGCAGAAAUUUGAGACUAAAUGUAGCUUUAACUUUCUGGAGAAAGAGAAGUAUAAGUGAACUCGUAGCUUACUUGGUGAGGAUAGAAGACCUUGGUGUCGUGGUGGAUUGCCUUCCGGUGCUCACCAAUAGUUUACAGGAAGAAAAGCAAUACAUCUCACUUGGCUGCUGUGUGGACUUGUUGCCUCUAGUAAAGUCUCUACUUAAAAGCAGAUUUGAAGAGUAUAUAAUAGUUGGUUUAAACUGGCUUCAAGCAGUCAUAAAAAGGUGGUGGUCAGAACUGUCAUCCAAAACAGAAAUAAUAAAUGAUGGUAAUAUUCAGAUUUUAAAACAACAAUUAAGUGGAUUGUGGGAACAGGAGAGUCAUCUAACUUUGGCUCCAGGAUAUACUGGUAAUAUAGCUAAGGAUGUGGAUGCUUAUUUAUUACAAUUGCAUUGAGAGACUUCAUCUGCUAGAGAGCAUUUGGAUAUUCAGAACACCUUUAGACUCUGUGGUUUCCAAAAAAUGUCUUGCCUGAGAACUGUGGAAGAAACCAAAACCAUUUUUUUUUCGUUAAGAGUCUACCUAAUGAAACCCUAACAGUCUACUUCACAUUGAAGUCGAAAUAUCCAAAAGGGACAGCUUCAACUUCAGUGAGGUGAAAGUGCACUGUGAAGAUUGUUCACCUCCAUUGCAUUUGGGAUUUAUAUGGUUAUAUGGCAAUGUUGUUUAAGAACUACUGGAUCUUGAUACAAUCCUGUAUAAGAAUAUAAUUUAUACUAUGUGAAAAAAUAAGACCGGACUUAUUACUAAGAACCACAAAGACCAAUCAAUCAUCUUUUAAAGAUUAUCUUUUGUAAGAAAACACUUAAUUGUAUGCAGCUAUUUUCUUAUGCUGAAAAGACUCUGCAAGUUUAAACACGAUAGCAAAUAAUCAAUACUAAAAUGUUUUGUCCACACUGAGGUAUGGUGUAUACAAAAUGCCUUAAUUUUUAAUAAGCCAAUGUGUAGGAUAGUAAAAUAUGUUUGAAAAAUUAAAUCAACCAUGCUUCUGACAUAAAAUCAUGGAGUUAAUUAGAUCAGGGGUUUCCAUUUAUGUGGAAUGUUAUUAAAACUAUUCCACAUCAUUCUUAAAACUUGAGGCUAUUUUUAGCACCUCUGAUUUUUUUUGGGGGGGCAGCAUCUUGAUGUCAUGUGUGGAUGUAUUAUUACUAUAUAAGAGAAAAAGCUGAGUAUGUAUUUGUAUGAAUGCUUAACUAAAAAUAUCCAUGAAGUUGACUAAUUUAUAUUCAAUUUUUAUUGUACAUAGAUUUCUAAUAUUUUCAGUUAUGUGUCAUUUAAGCCUCUUUCAUUUGAGUAAAUUCACUUAACAUUUCUACUUUUGCUUUUGUAUUCUGGUUUUAUAUGAAUUCUAACUAUCACUACGUAUGUCUAAAGAAUUACAUGCAGUGCUCUAGAAAUGUUUACAGUUAGUGCUGACCAUGUAUUUUUAAGUUCCAACACUUUACAUUCCUACCUCCUCUAAUGGUUGGUAUGAAAUCUGCCAGUAGGCUAGAUGAGGUUGUUUUAUUUUUACUAAUACCAUUUUUAAUGACGGGACCCAUUCUGGAAUGUCUUAACAGCUGUGUAUCUGAUCUAUCUUGAAAGUGACUGGGGUUUAACACCGCUGUUGGUGGAUCAUAUACUCUCAUCUUUAAUAAAUCUGAGAGGCAUCUGAGCAGAUAUUUUAAAUAAUUGAAUGUCUAUGCAGCAAUCCUUUAAGCACUUGAAUGUAAAUCUUGAGCAUUUACACAAUUAGCAACUACUGAUAUGUAUCCCAAAUAAGCAUCUUUCUUGCCUUGAAAAUGUUCUUUCACUGUAUUCUGUUUUGUGUUAUUCCUCACAGUGAGCAUCACUGAUAAUUUAUUUUCUUAAAUCUUUAGAAUAAUUUCAGAUUACAGCAGUCUAAAUUUUGAGAAAGGUUUGAGUCAUUUUCCAGGAGAUGGAAAUCUGAGUCAUAAGCUGUGGUCUCUGUGUAAGAAUCUAAGAUGAUAAAGUCUAACCCUUCUACUCCUUUAAUUAUCACUGUUUCACCUAACAGUUUGAAUCAGUUAAUUCAUUUGGAACAUGGUGCUAAUGAAGCUAAGGACAGGAGUUCAGUUCUGCUAUAGAUCCUUUAGCUUCAUACACAAAAGUAUCCAUAGCUAUAGAGUUCCUUCUCUUAAGUAGCCAUAUUACAAAUUCAGCCCUUGGUCAUAAGGAAGAUAAUGUGCAAAGUAGUAUAAACUAUCACAAAAGGAAAGAUAAUUGAAAUAAUUGGCAUAUAUGUCGAUACAUAGAUAUUUUAAAUCUAAUAUCUAGAAUAAUAUUUAAAAUGUCAUAUUUAAAAUAUUAUGUCACUUUAUUUUCUCUGGGUCAGAUCACUGACUAAAUAAAGUUUCACUGACUAAAUCAAGUUUCAAUAAUACAAAGUAAACCAGUAAAAAUUAAGAACAAUAAAAUACAAAAUGAAACAUACCAAGAAAAGGUAAUGGGUGGGGUGAGUAGUGCACAUAUAUAUAAGGAUGGGAAAUUAUACUCCUAAAAUCUUAUAAUAUUGUAAACUAGUGUUACAUCAAUAAAAAUAUUGUUUAAAAAAAGAAGAAAAGUAAAGGUACUGUCCUAUUAACAUUGAAUUCUUGUGCCUAAGUUUGGAUUUGUUGAAGGAAAGGAAAUAACAUUCCAUUUUAUCUUAUUUGGGACUAUUAUAUAAAUUGGCAAAGUAUUUAGCUCACAAAGAAUAUUUAGUAGCACACAAUUCUAAUUUAUUAGCCUCUGCAGUUUACUUUAGUACCUGCCUGUUACUGAGAUGUAUGUAUUUAUUAUCAGGCUGCUUAAAAGAUCCUGGAUAAAAAAAUGUUGGUUAAGUCAAUAUUGUAAAACAUUUCUAUCUACUACUGUUAGGCUCUUUUCAUACUACUUAAUCAGAACAGUGUUGAUACCUAGAAGAAGCCAAAGAAAGUGCCUACAAAGUAUUUUGGCUGUUCUGCUGACCUAGAUUUGGAUAAUUGUUGUGUUAUUGCUCAUUUGUUGCUGUGCUGUUACACAGUAUACAAAACUGAGGGACUACCCAAAGUCUCCAUGCCUUUUUACCUCUUCUCUUUAGGUUUUCUAUACUUGACUUAGCUAACUUUGGAAGUCUAGGGACAGAUAGCUGAGAAAGUAUUAUAGACAGCUUGCUUCUACUAGAGAUGAAAAAUGAAUGGAUUUUUGUAACAAAUAAUCAUGAUCAGAAUGUGGGUUAAAAAUUAGGCAGCAAGGGCCAGCAAGAUAGUCUGCCUGCUUCACACAUUCAGCCCAGAUUCCAGCCUAUCCCCCACAGCAUUGGAGAAUUGUUGGUGCUGUGAUAACUUUCCUCUCUCCCUCUGUUUGAAAAAGUCAGCUCAGAGUGGUGAAGCUAACAAAGUUAGGAAGCAAAUUCUAUGCUUUGUUGUUUGUUUUUUAGCAAGCUUUAUCAAAUAUUUUCAAUUAGUCUUUGGGCAAUAAGUGCAAAGGAAAUUGAUAUAAAUUAUUUAUGUGAGUUCUUACCUGUGAGGAUUGGAAUAUAAUUGUCCAAAUAUUGUCCAAUUUGGGGAAUCAUUAAUGUCAGCAUUGAACUUUAAGACUACCGAAUAAUUUUUUUUUUUCUUUUUAAACUAGAGACUGCUCAGCCUCUGAUUUAUGGUAGUGUCGGGAGUUGACCCUGGGAUCUAACAGCCUUAGGCAUAAAAACCUUUUGCACAACCAUCAUACAAUCUCAAGAAUUAAAUUCUAAUGCCUCUAAUAUACUGAGUACAUAUAAUGUUUUAAUCUCAAAGAUGGUGUGUGGGCUCAAAGCAAUAUUUUUGGUCUUUAAAAUAGAGAUUUUUCUUGAACUUAAAGCUUUUUUUUACUUCACAAAUUGUUAUAAAUGGCAUUAAUGGUGACUAAUUUGAGUAAUGGCUUAAUACUGAUCAUAGAAAUCAUACUUGAGUAUUUACUAAAUUAGCCAAGGAGUUCAGCAAAGCAAAAUUUGUUGCUAUUUUAUUAGUCAUUUUCAGUUGUCUUUAUUCUUACUUAAGAACAAGAUGGUAUUAUCAGUUGCAUUUUUUUAAAAGAUUUUAUUUAUUUAUGAGAAAGAUAGGAGGAAAGAGAAAGAACCAAACAUCACUCUGGCACAUGUGCUGCUGGGCAUCGAACUCGGGGCCUCAUGCUUGAGAGUCCAAAGCUUUACCACUGCGCCACCUCCCGGACCACAGCCUUUUUUGAUUUAAAGAAGAUGAGGAGAAAGUAGCAAGUUGCUGACUCAAGAAUGAUUGAUUUAUUUGAAUGUACUACUUAUCUUUCAACACAGAUUUUUAUGUUUGGAUUCAUCGGAUGGAAAUAGUACUGUUGGACAUUUGUUGGUAGGUGUUCACUCCUGUGUUAUUUUUCCUUAAUUUCUAAUUAUUCUACCUAAAAAAAGUUGUCAUAAAAUGUUAAUAUGCUGUUCUUCCUGUUUUUUAUGCUGUAACAGGAAUAUGCAAUAAAAGGUCAUCCCUAAA